GACAAUGGCCCAAUCUGGGGGGAAAACUAUUAUAAAAGUGAGGACGAUGACGGCGCCUGCCAGACUGUCAUACAGCACGUCAACGAACGCUUUCAACGAUGCCUGGAACUUGGUUGUCAUCGCUGGGCGUGUUCUGCCUGCUGCUGUGCUUUGUGUCAGGUGAACCGCGUCCUGAUUUCGCCCUCAACAGUACCCUCAUCGGGACGGUGCGUGUGGCCGGAGCCAUCGAUGAUACGCAGCUGGUCGUAGCCGAUAUCAAUGCGAAUCUGUACAUCAAUCUCAACUCCACCUAUCCGGGGCUGUCCGCGCUGCUCAAGCUAACGCAGGAAGUAGGAGAAACUGCCUCCCGCCUGCUGUACAAUGUGCUUACUCCACUCGAAUCGCUUGCGCCCUCGCGAGACUCACAAGACGUGCAGCUGUUUGACGAAGUGCUCAAAAACAUUACCACCCUGCAAAAAUUCGUAUCAGUGCGACUCGUGGCAAUAAGCACCACUAUUGAGAUGAAACUGAAUGGCUUUCUUCCCUCGAAGCUGGAGGACGUAUUUGGGCGUGUCGUGCUUGGGCUGCAGGAGCUGGGCCUGGCGUUGGAGACCCUAAAGAGUGCCGUUACAGCAGUGCUUAGUGGAGGCAGCCAAGGGGAGUGUCCUCCAAAAUCCGUCCGACCCAAGCUUGUCUAUCGGGUGGUGUACGCCGUCCGUACACUUAGGGCUUACCUGCCCGCGGUGACGUACACACUGACGACCGUGGUCGAGAACAUCGCGUUAGCCGAUCGGUUCAUUGUGCGGCUGUCGGAAGACACGAAGCAAGUACAGGAUCCGAACCAGUACGUCGAUCUAGUGCGGGCCACUACCGGCAUGGUAUCCAGGGCAGUAGCUACCAGCAUUGCCACAAUAACUGCUGAAUACGGGAAGGUAUCCGCCAAGCUACCGCAGUUUGCCAACCUUACCACGCUGAUGGCAUACGGACAGGUGAGCCAACUGAUGAGCUCCUACAACGCUGUGCUGAUGCAACUCGGCACCAUUGAUGCAUCGUUCGAUGCCUCCCUAGCGGACAUUGCGGAGAAACUGCGACUCGCACUGCAACCGGACGAAAGCACGCCGAUGGUAGACAAUGCGGAGGUAGUCGCGACACUGGUCACCACCCUAAUCUCUAGCAGUCCGUACGGGCGCUUCUGUUUCUACAAAUUCUCCGAGCUGCUGCUCGGACUGACCGACACCGGACUGCUCGGGGUGGAAGGCUGCAUUAGCCGAGAGACGUUGCGGCUGCAUCAGCUUAGUUACGCACUGCAGGAGCACGCCAGGCUGCUGCUGUUCGAUCUGAAAGAUCUGCCCACCGAGCUGGGCGAAUGUAAUCUGCUGCCAAACGCGAACCGACGUGCGGCGUGUGUUACGACGGUGGUUGGUUUUUACACCAGUGUGGCGAAAAGUUUCCGAACCAAAUUCAACAACCUGUACAGUACGGGAUCGGCGGAAGCGGAUGCAAGCAAACACCGUCUGGCGGCGUGCGUGAAGGUGCUACAGUUUAAGCUGGUGGAUGGAUCCUCGACCGACCUGAACGCUCAGAUUCGGAAGUGCUCGAUGGUGGGUCCAGUGGCAUAGUUAUAACACGCAUGAUGUGGGAUGGUCCUCAUUGUAUGAAGAAAGCUGUUUAAUAAAAGUAAUAACAUCUGGAAC